CUGGACUUUGUCCUUCCUUUUUACCACCCGGCAGAAGGUCUUGGGUGUGUUGACUGAGGAACAGGAUCAAAAUAUGCGUGUUCGUACUAAACGGUAAAAAAUACAGAAGGAAGUAGCAAGAACAACCAUCAGACAUCAAAGGUGUGGUAGAUCGCAAUGUUCAGGAAUAACAGUCCCUUUGGCAUCGACAGCAACAGCCUUGCAGGUUCAACUCGGUCCAAUGGUUACCUCACUAUGGAUGAUGUGUCAUCACAGACAUCGAAUCUGUCGAAACCCAGCGCAAAGUCAAUUUACUUGCAGAGGCAGGCGUAUGCAGAGUCAAUAAACAACAUGAUGGACAAAUUUCAGUACAGAGUGGAGCACUUAUUCACUUGUGAUCUGGAUGGGAACGAGUUGAAAAGCAUCGCUGACUGCGUGGAGCGGCUGAAGCUGCUGGACCAGAUGGGUCGAGUGUGGGGUCAGCGCAUGCUGAUGGAGGUGCGCGGUCCCGCACUGCUGCUAACAGACAUUGAAACCAAGGAGGAGCUGGAGUCGAUGGCUCUCAGUGAAGUCAUGGAGCUAAGGGCCGUGUUGGACUCUGGAGUGUAUAACUCCCUGCUCACAGUGUCAGUCCAGGCCAGGAGAAAAACGGCCACCACUGUCUUCUUGUUUCAGUGUGAGGAUGUCAGGGCUGACUAUGUUCAAAAAAUUCUGUCACAAGCACUAAGCAGCAAAGCAGGACAUGCAGCUGGACGUCAGGGAAUGACAAACCAGCAGAGGCCUGCAGUUGACCCAGUUCCUCAGUAUUUGCCUCCUGACUAUGAAGAGGAUGCCAUCUCUGAGAUGUUCGUACUCGAGGAGGAGGAAGAGGAACCUCGGCCUCCUCCACGCCAGUACACAGAGCUGGACAGGGACGUAGAUGUCUUGAACCAUAUUUUAAAUGACAUAGAAAUCUUCAUGGGCAAAAUCGCUGCCGUGGCGGCUAAAAACCAAAAGAAGAAGAAGAAAAAGAAGAAAGGAAAAAUGAUGGACGGCAUGCCACCUGUAGAAGAGUUCGCAGAGUGUCUCCAUAAGGUCAAAUAUGGUUUCAACCUCCUGGGGGAGCUCAAUGGGAAGAUUAAUAAUCCCAGCGCUCCUGAUUUAGUUCACUCCUUAUUCUCCACAUUAGCAUUCGUGGUUUCUCACUGCCCCGAGGAUCUGCCGCCCACCAUUGUGGCGCCGCUGCUGGCUCCUCUGUGCAUCCGUCUGAUGAGCGAGGAGGCCUCGACAGAAGAGGACCAGCUGUGGCAGUCCCUGGGAGACGCCUGGAACAUCCCCAGCACCCAGUGGCCCGAAGACGAUGAGGACAUCCCGACGUACACUCUGGAGUUCUCUGAUGGCUGGCAGCCCCCUGAGGUGUCUGCAACACCCGAACCACCUGCACCCAGAGAAGCUGUGAGCAGACGGCAGAGUCCGCCACCUGCACCCAGAGAAGCUGUGAGCAGACGGCAGAGUCCGCCACCUGCACCCAGAGAAGCUGUGAGCAGACGGCAGAGUCCGCCACCUGCACCCAACCAGACUUCAGCCCAGCUAAGACCACACCAGACCCCCAGAAAAUCACGCUUAGGCGAGUCACAGCCGAAGCCCAUGAGGGUCACUGCCGAUUUCCUCUCAAGAAAUGACCGAGAGCUCACCGUCAGGAAAGGAGAAAUGGUUGAGCUGCUGGACAAAUCAAAGCAGUGGUGGAAAGUGAGGAACAACAGAGGGGAGGAAGGCUUCGUUCCCAAUAACGUCCUGGGGCCUCCAGAUGAGCAGCCGAUCCAGCUCACCGAAGGUCCUCCUGUGCUGACAAAGAAGUCCAAGCCUGCAGAAGUGAAAGCCUGGCUCGAAGACAAGGGCUUUAGCAAAAUCACUAUACGCUGCCUGGGCGUGCUGAGCGGCUCCAUGCUCCUGGGGAUGUCGAGAGAGGAACUGAAGAUGGUGUGUCCAGAGGAAGGGGGGCGAGUCUUCUUCCAGUUACAGGCGGUCAAGUCUUCCCUGGUUAACGCCAGUUAAGGAGGCAUGAGGAGAACAUCAGAGAGGGAGAAAUCAUCAUGGACGAAAACACGUCAGCAGUCCGCAGCUGUUUAUAAUAUUCAGCAAUAAUAAGUGAGUUUAGGUUUACAGCUUCUUCGGCAUUUCAUAUUAUCUUCCACAUAUUGUAUCAAAUAAUGUAUAUUAGCAGAGUUGUAAAUCACUGGGGAGGUUGUCCGAUCAAAUGUAAAUCAAAGUGCAUGUAGACAGUUUCUCCAGCAGCGCUGUGGCUCACAACCUGUCACUGAAAUAUGUAACAAGCUCAAACCUCUGAUCAACGUGCUCAUCGUGCGACCUGUAAAUAAAAGAUCCAUCUGACACACGUA